GAUAUAAAUUUAGCAAAUACGCCGCGACAACAACAGCAUUACCUAAAUAAAGCGUGAUGUUUGUAAUUUGUAUUUUAAAGUCAGAAUUAAAUAAAUAAAAAUGUUUCUUAAUUUUAUGCAUAUGGUUCGAGCUGGACCCUUUAAGAGGGUUAUUAAAAAAGCAAAAAUAUUUGCUCUUGCUAAGGGGUUUCGUGGUAGAAGAAAAAAUUGCUAUAGUCUUGCAGUAAGAUGCGUUCACAAAGCUCUACAAUAUCAAUAUAAAGGAAGAAAGCUAAAAAAAAGAAAUAUGAGAAAGUUAUGGAUUCAAAGAAUCAAUUUUGGUGUUCGAGAACAUUCUCUACCAUACUCAAUUUUAUUAAGAAAUCUAUGCAGAAGCAAUGUUGCAAUUAAUCGUAAAGUAUUAUCGGAAUUGGCUAUCCAUGAACCUAGGACUUUCCAUGCUUUAGCACAACUAGCAAAAGACCGACAACGAGAUGGGCUUUUGGCAGCUUUAGAUUAGUUCAAUGUUUAUAAUUUGCAUUGUGAAUAAAUAUAUUAACAUUU